UGAGCCGUGAGCCGUGAGCCGUGAGCCGUGAGCCGCCCAGCUUGUAGCAGUCCAACGGUUGAAGCAAAUAACCCUUACGCAAGAGCCAAGCUUCGGUCGCAGGGAAAGCAAACAAGUCUUUCCAAAGAGAAAUGCCAAACACAGCUGUUGAUUCGAGUUUGCACCACACUUUCAAAUACUUACUAGCUACACAAUUUCUGUCAAGGGGAAUCCCGUUCGUAUUCAAUUCCUGGAUUGUUAGACAUCUCUCAGAAGAAGAUUAUGCGGUUUGUGCUGUACAAUUCCAUCUGUUUGUGACAUGCAUAUUGUUUUUGAGUAGAGAGGGAUUCAGGCGAGCGUGCAUGAGGGAAGAUAUCACAUGAUGGCAUAGACUGCAUAUCUGGAUACAUAAAGCUCCUUUCAUUUUGUUUCAUAUAAGGGAUGGUGCUUCAGCAGCAGGAGAAACUGAAGCUAGGCUUUUGAAAGUCGCCUGGAUGACCUUCCCAUUAGGGGUACUGGUCACAUUUUUUGCUUGUUUGAUUGUAUUCUGGUGGCAAGAUCUGGGUUAUUCCAGUCCUUAUGGACGAGCUAUCUUGAUUAAUGGUUUUGCAUGCAUUCUUGAGCUAUUGGCAGAACCAUUUUUUAUUUUGGCCCAAAAAUUGGCUCUUCUCAAAUUGCGGCUGAUCGUUGAAACUGCUGCCACUCUUUCACGUUGUAUAGUAACAUAUGCUCUCAUCCUGAAGCAACCAAGCCCGGAGAAAGCAAUUGUAUUUUCAAUGUCACAGGUUGCGUAUGGAGCAUCUAUUUUCAUAGGCUACUGGGCUUACUUUUUUCUGUGCCAAUUAUACACAACUCGUGUUCUAUUUCCAUUCAGGAUAGGAAAUACAAUAAGCUAUGAUCAACGGCUUGUGAACAUGUGCAUGAUACUUAAUCUUCAAUCCGUUCAGAAGCUGAUUCUUCAGGAAGGUGAAAAGAUGGUCCUUGUAUGGUUUGAUACACCAUAUAACCAAGCAGUAUAUGGACUUGUAGACAAACUAGGGAGCCUAGUGGUGAGGCUGAUUUUUCUUCCCUUUGAAGAAAGCUCAUAUGCAACGUUUGCAAGGUUUGCAUCAGGAGAUCAAGAACGGAAAAAGGAGAAAUUGGGAAGGAGUCUGACAGAUGCACUGAAGCUUGUUUUGCUUAUUGGUCUAGUUGUUAUCGCGUUUGGUCCAAGCUAUUCGUACUCCCUCAUCAGAUUGCUGUAUGGUAGAAAAUGGAGCGAUGGAGAAGCUACCAAAGUACUCCAAUGCUAUUGCCUUUAUGUGAUAGUUUUGGCCAUGAAUGGGACGUCUGAAGCAUUUCUACAGGCAGUUGCAACAAAGGAAAAGCUUAAACGGUCAAAUGGUUCAUUGCUUGUUUUCUCAUUGAUAUAUGUGAUCGCGAACGUCUUGCUUAUCAGAUCAGCAGGCGCAAUUGGAUUGAUUUUGGCAAACUCCCUGAAUAUGAUCCUCAGGAUAGUUUACUCGGCGGUUUUCAUCAAAGAGUAUUUCAAGGAAUCAUCAUCCUUUGCGUUUAGAGCUUGCAUGCCUGGAGGUUAUGAAUUUGUGUUGCUAUCAGGAGUAGCCACCUUCAUAGUUGAAAGGAUGUACCUUAACCGAGACAGCUUCUCUGCCACCUUUACCAUUCACUUCUCAUUUGGUUUAUUCUGUUUUCUUGUGUCCGCUUUCGUUAUCUAUCAAAAGGAGAGGCCUUUCAUCACGAAAAUUAUACGCUUCCGCGAACACGCUGAUUGAAUAUGUUAAAGAAUUACAUCUUGGUCAGUUGGGUUUGUGAAAAGUUUUGCUCUGUUUCAAGAUCAAGGAAUCACAUGUACUGAAUAACAUAAUUUUUACAUUAAUUGCUGUAAUCCAUCAAUUUCCACAUGAAAUUAUUGUCUAACGAUACGAGCAUUUCUGGUAUCCUAUGCUUCUACCAGAUGUUCAUCCCACUUUUUAUAAUUGAUUUUCCUUCCAAACAAUUAUGUCACGGAAUUUGUACAACCAUAUGUUCUGUAUUCAAUUCUCUCGGAGUCUUGAACCUAUCUACUAUAUCUAGUAUAAG